AUUCAAAGCUUUCAAUCGAGCUGAUUCGCCUGAUUCUGGUGUGACUACUUAUUUCUUAUAUUAUAUUUAGAAAUAUUUUGUACAAAAAUAUAGUACAUUUUUAGAAUAUAUAUACAUGAUGGCGUCCCUUGGGAAAGUCUUGUGUGGUACGUUUUUCACCAACACCAGUUUACGGGUGUUGAGACGUUACCCGAUGUGCACAAGUAAACGCUAUUUAAGUCAAUCGAAAAUCGUCAAUAACCUUAAUCUUCAAACAUGCAGAGUACCGGUGGCUGAUUCUGGUAGUAGUCGAUGGUAUUCGGACACGACAGCAGCCAGUCGAUUGACUGUGAUUGAAGUAGAAACUAGAGUGCUGAAUACAGUCAUGCGGCAUUACAGUGUCAAGCCACCGAUGACUAUUGAACAAAUUAAGAAGCGUGUCCUAUUGGUACUACAAUUAUACGACAAGGUUAAUCCAGAUAAGCUCAGUCUUGAAUCACAUUUUAUCAAUGAUCUUGGAUUAGACUCAUUAGAUCAUGUUGAAGUUAUCAUGGCCAUAGAAGACGAAUUUGGUUUUGAAAUACCUGAUGAAGAUGCUGAAAAGUUGCAUAGACCUAAAGAUAUUGUGCAAUAUGUGUGUGAUCGUGAAGAUAUUUAUGAUUAAAUCAUUCAGUCCUAUGUGUCUAAAUGUUCACUAAAUGUAGUUUUUCCAAAUAUUAUAACAACUCAUUGGAACAGCAA